GUAAAGUAUUUUAUUUUUGUUACAAGAAAAACAAAUAAACUUGAACAUUUUUAAUGGUUCUAGAUAAAUAUAAAAAACAUAAGAUUUAUUUUGCACCUUCACACAUUAUUUAAGGAUCUGGAAAGCAAACAGUUCAUUUAUCAGAACAAUCAUGGUUUUAAAGUAUGUCUCUUUAACUCCAGGGGUAGCUCCACUGCACAACGCCACCAGAUCAUUAUAUUUUUGGAGACUAAUUUUGUUAGGCUCCUUGUUUAAAUUGCAUAGUUUCAUUGUGCCGAUAUCAGACGAUAUACGCUUAAGGGAAAUUGAAUCAAACUCUAACUGAAGGUGGCUAUUUUUAAAAAAAAGAUAUUCAUUGGAGAAGACCUUUCAACUAUGAUUUCCAUCACGUUA